AUGGCCUCCCAAUCCCCGCCUUCGGCCUUGCUCCUUCUCCCACCUCCACCAUGCGCUUCCUCCGUUCAGUUUAAGGCAGUAUACCAGCCGAUUUUGUCUGCCGUUUGCACCGAAUUAUCACAGGUCGUCAAUGGUACCCAUCGCGUCGCAUAUCUACACGUAGCUCUUUCGCUUUCUGGUCUGCGGUCUCCAGCAUGUCAACCGCCCGCAAAAGCCUUCACAAGUCUUCAGCGCGCUCUAGAGCAUAUCUACACACUGAUUGGGGUAGUAUGCAUGGAGAGAAAUAUUGAUAUGGAGGCUCCGGGUGGGAUCGAUUCGAGGGUGGUCUUGCUAGAUUUCGACUCCGUUCACAGUGCAACAUCCAAAUCCGGAGAGUCGGCCCCAGUCACGCAGAAUGGGCCCAUCCUUGACUUGCAAACACUGGCCAACUCUAAACGCCUGUGGAAUAAAAUUUAUUUCCCAGAUACCCCGGCCGGUCAGGAUCUAGCCGCGGCCUUCAGUAGCUUUCAUGACCCGAGCAAAGACCCCAAUAGCGACACCCUACAACCAGUUCCUGGAGUACGCCCUUGGACUCCAUCGGAAUCCUUCCUGGCCCCCGGGGAACCUGUCGAGCCCGUCACACAUUACUCAGCUAUUGUAGCAGGCACCUUCGAUCAUUUCCAUAUCGGACAUAAGCUCUUACUUACGGCGACGGCAUUGGUCUUGCAGCCACUCGGGACCGGUAAUGCAGACAAAGAGCGACUCUUCUCGAUCGGAGUGACGGGGGAUGAAAUGCUGAAGAAUAAAAAGUAUCCUCAAUAUCUGGAGAGCUGGGAGAAGCGAUGUCGGAGUACAAUAGACUUCCUGCGGUCGAUUAUGGAUUUUGGACCCCCUGAGGCGAGCACACCACAUGUCGAAUAUAUCAAUGACCCGGGGCCCAAUGGCAAGGUAAUGGUGAUGAAGAUUCGGCCCGGGAUUACCCUGAGACUUGUGCAGAUAUCAGACGCAUUUGGCCCGACUAUCACCGAAGAAAGCAUUAGCGCCUUGGUCGUGUCCAAGGAAACUCGCUCGGGAGGAGCUGCCGUUAACCAGGAGCGUAAAAAGCGAGGGUUCAAGCAGAUGGUGGUGUUUGAGGUGGACGUGCUGCAUUCCGGGGAGGUGGCUCCUGGUGACGUUGACAAUUUUGCAUCUAAAAUAAGCAGCACGGAUAUCCGACGACGACAAAUGGAAUUGGCAAUGAUAUAA